AUGCAGAGACGGGGGGAAGAAGACGAGGAAUGUGGCGAAGAAGAGGAUGUGCCGCUUCAUUAUCAACGACCCUUUGGCGCAGGCAUCCCACGCAAGCCCAUCCAGUUCGUCAAGGCAUCAGAUGCAAGCCUAGGCACGCCCCAGGCAGUCAAGAAAACCAAAUCCGGCGCUUCUGUAGGCGACUUUUACCUCAGCCUCGUGCUUGGCGAUAAGAAGAAAGCAGAAGCCGAAAAGCACGCUGGACAAGUGUGCGCCGUGUGCGAGCUGCCCGUGGAUAAAGAUGAUAUCGUAAGAGAGGCCGACGAUAGCGACGAUAAGCCCACGACAAGUAGACAGAAGCACGAGUCUUCCAUUGCUCAUCAAGUCUGCCUUACACACUCACAUCCCCCCUCAUCACUAGAUCGGUCACGUAUGGGCCUGACUUAUCUUUCAUCACAUGGCUGGGACCCUGAUUCACGGAAGGGACUCGGUGUCGAGGAGCAAGGCAUGCAGUAUCCCUUGAAGACUCGGCCGAAGGAGGACAAAUUCGGUCUGGGGUUGAAGGUACCAAAAGGUAUUCAGGGCAAGAUCGAAAAGAAGAAGCCGCAAACGUUGGACGCGAAGAAGUGCCGGAAGAGGGCAGAGGAAGACAAGAAAAAGGCCGAGAGGUUGCGACAGAUGUUUUACGGCAGCGAGGACGUUGACAAAUACCUGGGGACCGGUUUAUAG